AGCAGAGAAGUGGAGCCGGCCAUAUUGCAGGGGGCCCUCGAGGGCGCUGGGUCGGUCGCGGUUGCUGCUGUACGUUAAGAACCUUUCGGCUACCGCACGCGGCCGCCCGUUCCCCGUCUCCUCCCGCUCGGCGCUCUUCUUCCGCUUAGCCCUCUUGCGUCCUCAUCCCAACACCCGAUACUCCAUGGCGGCAGCAGCCGCACCGCUGUCGCCGCAGCCCCGGGGCGCUGCGGGCGGCGCAGCGCUGAGCCCCACGCGCAUCUCGAGGCUGCAGGAGAAGGAGGAACUGCGGCAGCUGAACGACCGGCUGGCCGUCUACAUAGAUAAGGUGCGCAGCCUGGAAACGGAGAACAGCGCGCUGCAGCGGCGCGUCUCCGAGCGGGAGCAGGUAUGCGGCCGCGAGAUCAGCGGCUUGAAGGAGCUUUUCGAGACGGAGCUGGCCGACGCACGUAAGACGCUGGACGACACGGCGAGGGAGCGGGCCAAGCUGCAGAUCGAGCUGGGCAAGUUGCGCGCCGAGCACGAGCAGGUUCUCAGCAGCUAUGCAAAAAAGGAUUCUGAUCUUAAUGCAGCUCAAGUCAAACUUCGAGAGUUUGAAGCAGCGCUAAAUGCUAAGGAAGCUGCGCUGGCCACAGCACUGGGUGAUAAGAGAAGUCAGGAAGAAGAACUUGAGGAUUUAAGAGAUCAAAUUGUGCAGCUUGAGAUUUCUUUAGCUGCGGCCAAGAAAGAACUUGCUGAUGAAACUUUACAGAAGGUGGAUCUUGAAAAUCGUUGUCAGAGCCUCAUUGAGGAUUUGGAAUUCCGUAAGAAUAUGUAUGAGGAGGAAAUCAAGGAGACGAGAAGAAAACAUGAAACUCGCUUAGUUGAAGUUGACUCUGGGCGUCAAAUAGAAUAUGAGUAUAAACUGGCCCAAGCACUGAAGGAAAUAAGAGAGCAGCAUGACGCACAAGUGAAACUGUACAAAGAGGAGCUCGAACAGACUUACAGUAGCAAACUUGAAAAUAUUAGACAGUCAUCUGAGAUGCACAGUUGUACAGCCAACACGGUAAGAGAAGAACUUCAUGAAAGUCGUAUGCGAAUUGAAACACUGUCUUCCCAUAUCGCCGAUAUUCAGAAAGAGUCUAGAGCAUGGCAAGAUAGAGUGCAUGAGCUUGAGGACGCCUUGUCCAAGGAGCGGGAAAACUGUCGCAAAAUACUGGCUGAGAAUGAGAGAGAAGUGGCAGAGAUGAGAAAUCAAAUGCAGCAGCAGUUCAGUGACUACGAACAACUUCUGGAUGUUAAACUGGCACUUGAUAUGGAAAUCAGUGCAUACCGCAAAUUGCUGGAGAGCGAAGAGGAGAGGCUCAGACUUUCUCCAGGCCCAUCUUCUCGAGUGACAGUUUCACGAGCUUCAUCAAGCCGUAGUGUACGUACCACCAGAGGAAAGAGGAAGAGAAUUGAUGUGGAAGAAUCUGAAGCCAGCAGUAGUGUUAGCAUCUCCCAUUCAGCUUCUGCCACUGGAAAUAUCUCUAUUGAGGAGAUAGAUGUUGAUGGAAAAUUCAUCCGCUUGAAGAAUACCUCUGAACAGGAUCAACCUAUGGGAGGUUGGGAGAUGAUCAGAAAAAUAGGAGAUACUUCUGCUAGUUACAGAUAUACCUCAAGAUAUGUACUGAAGGCAGGACAGACUGUUACAAUUUGGGCUGCAAAUGCUGGAGUGACUGCUAGCCCUCCCACUGACCUCAUCUGGAAGAACCAGAAUUCCUGGGGCACUGGUGAAGAUGUGAAAGUUGUGCUGAAAAAUUCUCAGGGGGAGGAAGUUGCUCAGAGAAGCACUGUCUUUAAAACAACUGUAAAUGAAGGGGAAGAGGAGGAGGAGGAAGGUGAAGAAAUUCUUGAAGGAGAUGUUGUCCACCAACAGGGGACCCCAAGAAAAUCUGACAGAAGCUGUGCGAUCAUGUAACUCUUUCCAGUCAUCCAGGUUCUUCAAAUAAUGGUGAUCAUUGUCUACAGAAUAGCCUUCUCAAAAGCACAAUGUAUUUUUGUAGUUUCUUUCUGUGAGUUCUUAAGCUGAAAGUCUAAUGGCCUUAAUUUCCUGACACUGAAAAUGAAGUUUUGUAAAAGAAACUGUAUCUGUGACUUGUUGUUAGGACAUAAUCUGGUGAUUCUGAACUUUGUGUACUGUUUGAAAAUGACAUUCCCUACCCCUAGUUUUAUAUGCCAGUCUUUUUUUUAAAUAGAAACUUUAGAAGUUUCUGCAUUCCAGGGAUUGAUUUUUGUCGGACAACACCACUCCAGCCAUCUACUGUUGACUUCUUUAUACUUAGGUGCUGUUUGGGAAGGGAAAGGCAUUUUCAAUACUAUGAACUUUUUGUACUGAAGACAUUUUCGUAUUACAGCGCAAUCAAAGAUAAACAACUUUCUUAUAGAAAACAGACUUUUUUUUAAAAAAAAGAAGGGGAUAAACCAUAAAAUCAUGUAAGCACUCAGUUCACGAAGGAUGCAGUAAAAAAAACUUUCUAUUGCUACUUUGUUUGCUUAGGUUUCUUAUUCUGAAAAGGGGAUUCAUGUUAAAUGUGUUAGUUGUAUUGUUAAGGUAGUGUAACAGCUUAAAUUUGCUUAUAUGGUUUUUUUUGUAACAAAGUCAAUUUUAAUAUUGAUUGCUUUGCUUGUUUACAGUUUUUAGGAACAAAUCCAAGUCUUGUAGAAAUCUAGUCUAUGUUUCUAUGGAAAACAACUGUAGUUCUGUCAAUGUGGAAAGUUUCAGUUCUUUUUGCAUUUACCUACUGUUUGAAAGCUUUGAAUAAAGAGUAAAAUAUCUCUGUAUAGACACUUCAGAUUAAGGUUUUGAAAUUUGUUUUGCGAUAAAAUGGAGUUAAAAGUUGAAUGAUUGCUAGGUAUUUAGAACUGAUAGGAUUUGAACUUGGGAAAACCUGCAUGUAAGUGGAACAGUGGCACUUGAUUUGUAAGAUUUCUCUUAAAAUAAUGAGGAACAAAUUGACAUUUCAAAAAUGAAUUCUUUGGACCUUUAUUCAAAGUGUACAUAACUGUUUCUGUAGUUACCUUUGUCUUGAUCUGAAGGUUUUUUUAAUGGCCAGAAUCAUGGGAAUUCAUUGUGCUUUUUUGCUAUCAGUUUCUUGAAAAACAGAACUUCUUAGUGUCUUCCACGUUGAAUCAGAUUCUAUCCUGAUGAACUACAUCAUGACAUUCUGAAUUUUUGCCAGCAGAAGUUAGAGGUGGCCAAGGCUUAUGUGGAUGGACAGAGAUUGGUGGGUCUCCUCCUUUUGGUAGUAACAUUGGCUUAAACAACUGCAUUAGACCCUGAAGUAAAACUUGUUUUAAUUUCCUGUUUAAAUGUGAGCAUUUGUAUUUAUGUAGUAUUUUCAUAUAAUUUCAGUAUUACUUCAUAUCCUGUAAUAUUCUCAUUAUGUCUAAUUGUUUCUCCUAAGAAUAAUGUUUUUCUAUUAUGGUCUGAGAUACUGAUGUUACAGGCGUUACCUGUAUAAAUGAACACUUACAUUGUAGUAAACUGUUUAUUCCAUUUCUUAUUUAUUUUCAAAACUAAUAGCACAGACUAGCAAUACAAUUCUGUUAGAUAAGACAGUUGAUAAGAGAUUAUUUAACAUGUAUCAGUGUUCUUGGCUCUAGCUUUUGUAGACCCUCUUUUAUCACUGCAGAAUGAUGAAUAGUGCCUUAACCUUUAUGGGAGCAUGUACCUAGGAGCAGCUGCUUGAGUCUUGUGAAUAUUCAGGUAGGUCAGCACUCUUGCGAUAGAUGCCAGUAGACAAGUGCUGAUUUUUAGAAAGGUGCUUUAGAAUACUUGCAUAAACUAGCCUAAAUAAUGUUAGGAGAUUUAAAAAGGGGUGGGGGGGGUAAGCCUUCUGUAUGUUGCUGACAUUUAGUGUGGAAACAUCCUGCCACUAGAUGGAGAUCUUGCUAUUGAACUAUAUUCUCAAAGCAAAACAACAACCAUGAAUACCUUUCCUACAUUUCAUGUGAGUCCCAUAAUAACUUCAAAAAGUUUCUCUUUACUAGACUGAACAAAGUCCUCCUAUCUCUUCACCACAAUUUCAACCUUUAAUUAGUCUCUUGGAAAGCACUGACCUCAAGCUUGAAAUAUAUGAUUUUGUCAGUAUUUUUUCCUACCUCUUAACUGUUGUAGUUACUGCUGUUAUUUGCCAUUUUGUGUGAAAGAAGGCAGGUGGAUGGAAUUCCUUAAAGGUAUCAGACCACUGGAAAAUAAGCUUGUUGGUUUUUAAUGUUAUGCUUUGCAAAAUGUGUUUUCAUUUUCUGUAGGUUGUUAGCUAAUGAGCUGGAGAAGAAUGAAACAGUGUCCUAGUUAGCUCUGUAGACCGGCUCCUACUACUUCUAGAGUAACAUCUAAAGAUUGCUUCUAGGUACACUUCCAGAAUUGACAACAUAGAUGAUCAAGAUGUGAUACUGAUCUGUUUUGUACCUGACAGGUGAAAGCUGCUUAGUGACUUGCUACAUGCAACAGGGAAAAAAACAAACAAGCAAAACCA